AUGAUAUUCAAGAUACAACUGGCUAAUAAAUCGAAAUAUGCAAAAAUUAAUGAAGGGGCUACUUACGCGGAUGUAGUCGAAUUGGACAAUUGUAUAUUGAAAAUUGGAGGAAUAUACAAUGAAAAGUUUUCGUCUUCGGACUCCACGUUAUCCAUUAAUAGCGAUACUCCACUAGGAAGUGAAGUAGUGGAAUGGCUAAAUAAAAACACUGAUAAACCCAAUGAGGAUACCCAAAAUGUGGUAGUGUUGAAUAUCGAUAAUGAUGGAUUUUUGAUCCCUCAAACAACAGACAAAAAUACGGAAAAAGUUGAACUGAAUCAGCUGAAUGACGAAUUUUUCUCAAAUACAGAAUACGAGAACGGACAGAUGUUGAAAGAAUAUCUUUUGAACAAUGGAGGCGGAUAUAUAUUUGAAGAAUACGCCAAAAACCAAAUAUUGACUAAUCGAACAAGAAAAGAGUUGGUGAAUUUGACUGUUCGGAUGAUGUUGAGAAGAUUUGGCACUACAAUGUCGAAACAAGAAGUAUUUUAUAACGAUACCUUGAAAUCCCCAAGUGGAUAUUUGGCAUGGCGCUUGAGGACUGUGGUUAGAAAUUUACCGAGUACCUCAAAAAAAAGAAAACUAUCUACUAUCGUGGAAAUUAAUGAUGAAGACCAAAAUAGAAAAAAACUUCGUCACACAAUUACGAAAUCCGAAGAGGCCGACAUCGAGUUUCUGAAAAAUGCCUGCCCUAAAACACAAAAACAUGAAAUAUUUGAAAAAAUGGCAAACACUUUUAAAUGUCGAAAAGAUCAAGAUUUUUCACUCAACGAUAUUCCUACAUUUUUGGACACACCAGGACUUAUUGAACAAGACUUCAAUUUUUUACACCCUGAAGCCAAAAAGUUCACCGAACAAUUUAGAAACAACGUAAAUAAAAUUUUAGCUAUUUAUGACGCUACAGUAUCCAAUAAGCACCUACAUAUUGAAGCAUGGGAAAAAAACACCAAAGCGCUACUCUCAGUGGUCCAUAUGUUGCCUUCCACAGCCAAAGGAAGGAAAUCAAAAAACUAUUCCCGCGACAAUGUUAGUUGCUUGUUUCAAAAAUUAAUUGUUUUUUUAUCGGUUGGAAAACCUCUGCAGGAGAUUCUAGAAGCAAAUAAGGGUAGUCAGCCGUAUCUUAUUGCUAUUGGGUCCAAAGAAUCAGCCAUACAUGACUACAAAGUUGUUGUUGAUAAUAGGUGCUUGGAUACAGGUUUCACCACAAUUUUAGAAGCAUUUGACUUUUUAUUUAAGGUCCAUUUUGUAUUCAAAAUCAGUUAUGAGGUAGGAUUAGAAACUUUCUAUUCAUUUAUUCAAUCUUUCUUUUACAACAUAGACGUUUCAAAAAUAAAUUAUACUGCAAAAAUGAGGGAAUUAAAAAACAGACUUGUAAAUUUUGAAGGAUAAUAAGCCUAAAAGUUUGGGGAAAUAUUCUAUUAAUUGGCACCAGAAUGACGCUUCAGUGUUUCAAAUGUUUUCGCAAAUUUGCCGAAAUUUCAAAAUUAUUUCAACAUUUACGACUUUGGCAUUUUAGUGGGUCUCGAGCCAUGACUAUUUUGAAAUGCUGUGAUAGAAAAUGCUUUUCUACGUUUCCGACAUUCUCUGGUUAUAAAAAACAUUUAUUAAAAUGCGUUAUUAGACCUACUAUCAAACAGUCAAAUAAUGUAAAUUCUAAAAAUUUCGAUAACAUUAACAAGGACACUACAUUCGAAAACAUUGAUGAAACAAAUUUAGUUUACAACAAAUCUGAAAUAUUAGAUGCCCCAGAACAAAGAUUUUUUUCCGAAACAGAACCUAGGGAGAAUCUUGAAACAUGCACGUCCGCUUUAAACAUUCAAAUAAUGUCUUUCAUUUCAUGUUUAAUGGCAUUAGGUAUUCCUCUUUCAACAAUAGUUUUGAUAGUUGAAAAUGUUGAUGAACUAAUAAACCUGAUUUUUGAAAAAAUAAGAUUACUGCAAAGUGAUAAAGGAGCCUGUAAUAACUUUUUUAAUACAGUAAUUUCUUCUCUAGAAAAAUGUAAUACAGCUUAUAAAAUAAAAAAUAUAUUCUCUGAAAAUAUUGUUAAACCUGUUGAGAUUGCAGUAGGCGUCAGGACCGACCAAGUUUUUCAUAAAAUUAGCAAUACUUACCUUGAGAAGAAUGUUACAGAUACGUUUACAUACAUUCCUAUUCUCGAUACUUUAUCUGCAUUACUAAAAAAUAAACAUAUUCAAAAAUAUUUCACCCCAGCUUUCAUAUCUCUUGCAAAAAGUGAUCAUAUAGAGUCGAUUUAUGAUACCAAAUAUUACCAAAAUAGUGCUUUUUUUCAAGAGAAUCCAAACGCUAUACAAAUUCAACUGUAUUUUGACGAAUUUGAGUGUGCUUCUCCCUUAGUUUCUAAGACAGGAAUUCAUAAAAUUGGUGCCAUAUAUUAUAUUAUAAGAAAUAUCCCGUCCAAGUAUUUAGGUCAGUUAGACAACAUUAAUGUAGCAGCGUUUAUUUGUUCUGCAGAUUUAAAGAAAUAUUCUAUAAAUGAGUUUUUAAAACCAAUUAUAAAGGAUUUGCAAGUUUUAGAAAAUGAUGGCAUUGCUGUUUCAUUUUUACCACAACACUUGAAGGGUACUUUAAUUGCGCUAAGUUUUGAUAAUCUUGGUGGUAACACAUUAUCGGGUAUGGUCGAAUCAUUUAGCGCAAACUAUUAUUGCCGAACGUGUCUAAUGCACAAAAAUGAUACCCAAGAUAUAUUUAAAGAGUCAGAUGAGCGCUGCCAUUUGCGGGAUAAAUUUUUUUUUAAUUCAUUACCAGAAAUUUUAUCUAAUUCAAACUAUUACGGUAUAAAACAACAAAGCAUUUUGUAUGACUUGAAAUAUUUUAACUUAGGAAACAUAAUAUAUACUAUAGAUAUAAUGCACGAUAUUCUGGAGGGAGUCGCUCAAUUAGAAAUUAAAUUAAUAGUUACAUACUUAGUUUCUGAAAAAAUUCUUGGUAUAAAUGAAAUUAACCAGAGAAUAUUUUCUUUUAAUUAUGGUUCUAUUGACCAAUGUACCAAACCAAGCCCUAUUAACAUCGAGAAACUUGGCAGUAGCAUAGGAGAAAGAGCGGCACAAACUUGGACACUUGUUAGAUAUUUCCCUUUAAUUUUAUUUGACGUGAUUCCAAAAUGUGGUGAAAGAUGGAAUAUAUUGUCUCUACUUUUGGAAAUAAUGAAUAUUUGUUUCGCACCUAUUAUACCAGUCGGAAAAACUUACGUUCUGGAGAAUUUAAUAUUCAAGCAUCAUUCUCUUGUAAAAAAAUACAAUGGAAAAAUUAUUCCUAAGCAUCACAUCAUGAUCCAUUAUCCGAAUGCUAUUAGAAAAAUGGGCCCCCUUAUUUAUCUGUGGUCAAUGCGUUUUGAAGCAAAGCACGGAUAUUUUAAGAAUCUAAUAAAUAAAUAAAGAAAUUUUAAAAAUAUUCCCCAAACUUUAUGCAUGCGUCAUCAAAUCAGUCAACUGAUAAAAAAUGAAAACCUUUAUAAAAUGUCAAUGAAUGUCGGCCCUGUAACUAUUUUUGACCUAAAUGAUUACGAAUAUAAGGAUAUUAUCACGAAUGAAAUAGACAUUCCAAAUUCCGCAAAAGUUCAUGAAACAAAGCACUUAAAGUACGGUUUUCUUUAUAAGCCAUCGUUUUUUAUUUGUGUAAACAUACAUGAUGAUCGUUUGCCAAUUUUUCAAGAAAUAAUUAAAAUUAUCUUAUUAGACGAUUAUCCUUUUUUAAUUACAAAAUCAUGGAAUACAAUGGAGUUCGUUACUAAUUUAAACGCAUUUCUUCUGGCACCGGGAAAUGACAUAUCAAUUUGUGAUUUAAAGUUACUCGACUUUACUUACUUUGUGUGGGUAUACCUCUAUUAUUUUUUUUUGUAGGCUAAUAGAGUUUUAUUAGUUCCUAAAUUUACUAUAUUUUGUUUUU